UGUGAUUACAGUAGGGCCUACUAUGUUUUCAUAGUAUUGCCACAGCCUGUGGUAUUACAUGUUGUGGCAUGUUUCAUGGCUGGGGUAUCUGCUUUUGAACGAUAGUAGGAAUAUGUCUUGAUAAAGACGUAUUUUCUUGUAAGAAUAGCUUAUGGACAUGAGUGCUCCCAGCAAGCUAUGCACAACUGCAUUGCCCCAUUCAUAACAAGUUACAAUGUUGCAGUAGAGCUCUAGUCGUAACACCGUGCAUUCUAUUUUGUAACUGUUGGUAAACGUUCGACUAACUGGCCGUUCACGUACAUCGAAGCUGUAGAAGAUGACGAGCUAAACGUUUGAAAAUACUCGGUUUCACGAAUCUAAAGACGUCUCAAGUUGAGGAUAUCUGGCAUGCGCAAGCGAUGAACAUGUUUGGAAAGCUUCCUCUUCACAUCAUCUGCAUCCUGCUUUUGAGGACCAAUGCCUAGAAUAAACAAGACCGUGGUGCUGGUCCUACUCAUUACAACAAGCUCGAUAUUCCUAUUAUUCCAGCUGUAUUACUACAGACAGUACGCAUCAAAGAAUGGACUUUAUGUUUUUGGUGGGAAAGGUUCCUCGUCAGGCAAUGAUGCACAAAGGCACCUAAUACAGAAGUUCCUUGGGCUGGUGCACAAGUAUAGCCUGUCUGUUUUCCUGGUGGACUCUGUGUCUCUGGACCUGCUUACCCAAGAUGGACUGCUGCUGAAGGAGAGCACGCUGAAGGAGCCCCACUGCCUCUUCCUCUGCACCCAUCGAGAGUUCACCACCUUCGCCCUGCUUGGAAACCUCUGGAAGUAUGAUGCAAGCUUGCUUGAGGCCGCUGAGGAUCGGGGCAUGGAGGUGCUGGAGUUCAGAGGGAAGGACCCCCGGCUCGUGAGCAUGGACGACCUGGCAGGAAAUGACAUCCCGCUCCACUUCCUCUUCAAGAUGGGCUCCCGUCUGGUGCACCUGGUGGUGCUGUACGAGCGCAGCGGGAACUACCUCUGGCACGGCCCGCUCCGCCUCAAGUCCAGCAUGGACAGGAAAUUCGCCCCCUUCAAAAAGCUGGACUUUGGCCGAUACGCUGGAGCAUACAACAGGCCUGAGGUGGCCCUAACUAUGGUGGAUGGUCUGGACGUACGAAUCCCACGAAACUUCUCCCAGUUUCUGAGAGAGCAGUCUCAGGCCCGCUUUUUGGAGUGCCCGUACAAAGAAGCACGUGCUUUCUACCAGUUGUACCCGGACGAUCUGUCUCCAGAGGCCAUGGACUUCAGGAUGAAGGCCAAGAGUCUGCUGCACCUGGCCGCCAGGACGCUUAACGAGCUGGCCGUCCCCUUCUGGCUCAGCAGCGGGACCUGCUUAGGUUGGUUCAGGCAGUGCAGUAUCAUCCCCUACAGUAAGGAUGUAGACCUGGGCAUCUGGAUCAAGGACUACAGGCACGACAUCACGCAAGCAUUUCAGAGAGCGGGACUUCCUCUCAAACACAAGUUUGGAAAGGUUGAGGAUAGCCUGGAGCUCUCGUUCCAAGGCUUAGACGUGAAGUUGGACAUUUUCUUUUUCUAUGAUGAAGGGGACAUCGUGUGGAAUGGAGGCACACAGGCAAAAAGUGGCAAGAAAUUCAAAUAUAUGUUCCCCAGGUUCGAGCUGUGCUGGACAGAGCUGCUGGAGCUGAAGGUCCGGGUGCCGUGUCAGACGCUGGACUACGUGCAAGCCAAUUACGGCUCAGACUGGAACGUUCCGGUAAAGGCCUGGGACUGGAAGAGCUCUCCACCCAACGUGCAGGAGAACGGAGUGUGGCCCGUCCGCGAGUGGGACGAGGUCAUUCAGGUGUACUGACUGGGAACUUAGAACUAGCUAUUGCUGUGGGGGUGCUGUGGUGCACUGUGCCAGUACAGCAUGCCAUGAGUUUGCCAUGGACUCGUCCAUGGGGACCCAGGUUCAAAUCCGGCCUGGGUCAUGUCAAAACCCUACCCCAUCACUUUCUCUAACUUACUUCCCAUGUCCCACUCACUGACUCUAUUGCUGGCAAUAGAUGUAAUCUUCAAAACCACUACAAACAUCUGGACCAUUUGGCUGCUGCCAUUAAGCUGUUGGUGUAAUAUUUUUUUUCAAACUAUGACAGGACUGUCUGACAAUUUUAAACAGUGUUCUGGGUAAUGCCUGAAAAGAAGAACACCAUGUACUGUAGGGGGAACUAAAGACAGGAGUGGACUCACUGCACUGAAGAUUUUGCCUGUGGAAGAACUGUUAUUGUCAAUUCAGAGUUUUUUCGUCAAUUCAGUUACAGUAUUUUUGCCUGUCUCAGUAUUAAUUGUAGUAAAAAAAACCUGACAGUAACUCAAUUGCAAUUGCAGAUGAAUUGUAAAUAUUACCAUUUAUUUAAAGUGAAAAAAUGGCUCUCUUUUUUUCUGUCUAAGUCUGUAAACACUGUAGUAGCAUAAUUUAAUCGACUGCUGUGAUGUUUUCCAAAGGUGUAUGAUAAAAGGACUGAAGUUACAAAUGAGGUGUUUAUAGAUCAGGGGUUAGAAUCCACACCUUAACCUAGACACUGGACCGAUGUGGAGAAUUCUUACACAUGCUGGGUCAUCAGUGGCAUGGAACUGAAUGGUCAAUUUUGUGGUCCUGGGGAGUAUGUGUUAUGUUCCAGUCAAGAAAGGAAAACAUAUUUAACCUGAUUCUGGCCAGAUGUAUGGGUUCCGCCUUGCUCCACUAGCAUUCAUCUGGAGCUGUGCCAUAUGCGUUGGUCUGCGAAGGCGUGGUUUUAUAAAAUAAAUCCUUGCACGUGAUUGGGGAAACACUGGUCUGACAUUUUUAAUGAGGAGCUAUUUUAACUGCGCACAGAUUCGAUACAAUUGAAAUUACAGAAUCAAUGUCCAUCCGAUUGGUUAUUGUUGUCGGAGACAGCUGUCUUGUUUCAAUUAUUUUUUCCCCUCUCUACUACGUUUAAACUUUGACUAAGUCACCAGUGCCUCUUUUCCUCUGCCGGUUUUCUGGUAGGCUUACAGCUUGACACAGCGCGACUCGGCGGCCACUUUUGCUUUUAGAUUGAG